CGAUUAGCUAAACUCGGCCUCCAAUUGCAGCGCUUUGGGUCGGGCCUUUAAAAUACUUUACUGGAAAAGCAUCCUUGCGAUUUUCCGACUGUGAAGGAAUGGAUUGCAAGAUAUAAUUGAAGAAGGUAUCUCAAGAACUUGCUUAAUAUUUAAAAGCAGGUCCUGUAAAAUAUUCUAGAAACAACGAAUUCAUAAAGUAGAAGGAAAAUAAUUGGAUAGUGAAAAAGCAUAGUGGAAUUUGGAUUUUAUUAAAUUGCUCAAAUAAUUAGCAAAUCCGCUGGUGGCCAUAUUGGUUCUCUCUGCGUGUGGCUCUCGGGCUCGGCGCGUCCCUCCUGCGGCUUUUCCUGUUCGCCUGUCCGGAUCCUCCCAGUUUGUCCCACAAAGGCAUGAAAGAAACGAUCAUGAAUCAAGAAAAAUUAGCUAAACUCCAGGCCCAAGUGCGCAUCGGUGGGAAGGGUACUGCUCGUAGAAAGAAGAAGGUAGUUCACAGAACAGCUACAGCAGAUGACAAGAAACUUCAGUUUUCCUUAAAGAAAUUGGGAGUACAUAACAUAUCUGGGAUCGAAGAGGUCAACAUGUUCACCAACCAAGGCAUUGUAAUUCACUUCAACAAUCCCAAAGUUCAAGCCUCAUUAGCUGCUAACACUUUAACAAUCACAGGUCAUGCUGAGACAAAGCAGCUGACUGAAAUGUUGCCUAGCAUUUUAAACCAGCUUGGCGCUGAUAGUCUGACAAGCUUGAGGAGACUGGCAGAAGCUCUACCAAAACAAUCUGAUGAUGGAAAAGCACCUCUUGCUACUGGAGAAGAUGAUGAUGAUGAUGAAGUUCCCGAUCUCGUGGAGAACUUCGAUGAGGCUUCCAAAAAUGAAGCAAAUUGAAUUAUCACGUUCAGUAAAACUUGAAAAUUAUGUGGAGCUGCUAUUUUAUUUUAUAUUUUAUAUUGUGACUUUUAUUUGUAAUAUUUUGUACUGAUCUCAGUCUUAAGAUCUGUAAUAUUUGGAAACUUGGUUCAAUGCAGCUCUUUUCAGUUAUUAUUAAUGCACAGUGCAAAUGGGCUGGAAGUGCACAAAAUAAGUGCAAAAGCUAAUAAAGACUAAAUCUUUAGUUUAAAAAAAAUAACUAGGAAAUCCUUUGUAGAUACUGUUAAGGACGUCAUUGUAAAGUAGAUAUAAAUGUAAGUGAAGCCCAAAAGAAGAUAGCCAUACUGUGAUAUAUGUUUACUGUAAUAUAUAUAUGAAGCCAUCGAAUAUUAAAUUCUUUGUGACUGCA